UCUCAUCUCUCCAUUCAUAUCGAUCGCCACAACCCAUCUCUCUCUCUCCCCCCAUAAUAUGGCUUCGGCAUCUUCCGCACCAAAGUCCAUGAAGUCGUUAAGAGCCAUGGCCGAUGAAGCUUCAUGGUUCUGUGCGAUUGUGCUGGUGGCUCUGGUCUUGCUAAGCUCCUACAAAGAGAUUACUUCUCCGGCUGAGGCGGCCGGAGAACCGGUGAGGGGCAGCCAACUGCUGGACCGGCCGUGCGACGAGAUAUACGUGGUCGGAGAAGGGGAGACCCUCCACACCAUCAGCGACAAGUGCGGAGACCCCUUUAUUGUGGAGCAGAACCCCCAUAUCCAUGACCCAGAUGAUGUUUUCCCUGGUCUUGUCAUCAAGAUCACUCCUUCAAAGCCCCGCAAGCUGCCAAGCUAGCUACCUCUACCUACCUACCUACCUACCUACUAUCUAUCUGUGUAUAUUUGUAUAUGCAGGCAAAGCUGUGAGGUUUGUGUAAUCUAAUCAGAUGAGACAAAGGAAUUUUCUCUUCUUUUGAUUAGCUCUUUCUUUUUCUCAAAGAGAGAUACUUUAUUGGCAUGUAAACCCGGAAGGGAUGGAUAAAGUUGAUGAUAGAUAAUUUUCAACAAGUUCAUCGUGAAGACCGCUCAUAUAUAUAUAUAUAUAUAUAUAUAGUAUUUGUAUGAAUUAAAGAAAGGAUUUUCAUUUUUGAUUUUGAUCAAUAUAAUAUAUAUACAUAUAUAAUACCA